AUGUCCCUGGUGGCCUAUGCCAGCAGCGAAGAGGAGAGCGAUGCGGAGGAGGCUGCGGGCGAGGAGGAGGAAGCCGCCGCUCCGCCUCCUGCCGCAACCCAGCAGCCCCCGGCCCGGGGGCUCUUCGCCACCUUGCCUCCCCCCAAAGCCCCCGUGAUGCCCCCGCUGCCCCCGCCUCACCAGCCGCUGGGCAGCGGCUUCCCCCUGCUGCCGCCGCCCCACGGCGGGCCUCCCCCUCCUUUCCUGAUGGGCCCCCCGCCUGGCAUGAGGGGCUUCAGCACCCCUCCGCCGGGCAUGAGCCCGGCCCAGGCCUCGGCCGUCAGCCCGCCCGAGCCGGCCGCCAGCGGGAACGGGAGCGGGGAGCAGCCCAGGCUGGGGGGGCUCCUCCUGCCUCCCCCGAGGAACGCUGCCACCACGACCGCUGCCUCUACUCUCAACCUGCCCCCUCCUGUCUCGGCCUCUGCUGCUCUGCCCGGGGCUGGGGUGGAUUUGAGCCUCCCCAAGCCAAAGAAGAGGACAGAGCCGGUUCGGAUCACGGUGCCCGAGUUGCACAAGGGAGAUUCAGAUUCAGAGGAAGAUGAACCAGCAAAGAAGAAAAAUACCCUUCAGGGACGCGGCGAGGGCUCUGGCUUGUCAGCUUUGCUUCCUCAACCCAAAAACUUGACAGUGAAAGAGACCAAUCGGUUACUUUUGCCCUACGCUUUCUCGAGGAAAGCAGGAGAAAACGCCUCCGACUCAAAGCCUGCUAAGGCCCCCACCUCUUCCUCCAAAACAAAACCUCUGUCCAAGCCGGCGGUGCCCACAACUCCUUCUCCGUCUGCCAUCAAAGCUGCUGCGAAGAGCGCUGCCCUGCAGGUAACCAAGCAGAUCACGCAGGAAGAGGACGACAGCGAUGAAGAGGUCGAGCCAGAGAACUACUUCUCCUUGUCUGACAGGAGCGAGCCCGGCGUCGCGGGUGCCGAGACAUACAUGUACUCUGGCACAGUGGUGUCAGAGGACCCACCGCCCGGGACAGAGACAGAGCCCCAGUUCCAGGAUGCUGCUGCUAAUGCCCCUCUGGAAUUCAAGACAGGCGCGGGCUCCAGCGGUGCUCAGCACAGCUGGGCACCCAAACCCGGAGAAGACUACGGCAGCCAGCCGUACAGCCAGUUCCCUGCCUACGGUGAGGCUGGCGUGGCUGGUGCAUAUUAUCAGGAUUACUACAGCAGCGGGUACUACCAGGAGAUGGAACCAGCCCAGGCAGCGCCGCAGGAGAUGAACACCGACUCCUCCUUCAUAGACGACGAAGCGUUCAAACGUCUGCAAGGCAAGCGGAAUCGAGGGAGGGAAGAGAUCAACUUUGUGGAUAUCAAAGGUGACGAUCAGUUGAGUGGAGCCCAGCAGUGGCUGACCAAAUCCUUAACAGAGGAGAAGACCAUGAAAUCAUUCAGCAAGAAAAAAGGAGAUCAGCCCACGGGACAGCAAAGGAGAAAACACCAGAUCACAUACCUGAUCCAUCAGGCGAAGGAAAGAGAACUGGAACUGAAAAACACAUGGUCUGAAAACAAGCUCAGCCGACGUCAGACUCAAGCCAAAUAUGGAUUCUAACACCUCUGUCCCGCUUUUUGGCUCUUGUCCCAGGUGACCUGCUGUGUCAGACUUCUCCUGGCCUUCUGGAGAUCAACCAGGCCCCGUGUAGAACGUGGUCUGCUCGGCGGCUGGGAGGAUACUGCACUCCCCUGCCUGUCAGGAGAAAGGUUUAAUGCAAGCUGGUCCUGAAACUCCACCUGUAAUCUUUCCCCUCCCUCCUCAUAAACGAUCAUGUGGAAGGUUCAAAUCAAGUCCGUUUCGUACGACUGAUGGCAGGAAAGGUGCCUGGUGCAAGGCUCGGAGCUUUUGUCCUGUAGGUACAGGGGCUACUCCUCCUUCGACGUAGCCUUGCUGCUGGAACCUUAGGCAGACUGUCAAUAAACUUCCAAUUCCUACUUUGCUCCUUUCUUGGA